AUGGGCUCCAGCAUGGCCUCGUGGGCCCAGCUCACCCCCGUCCCCCUGGGCGUUGGGCUUGGGCACACAAUGGGGGUUCAGUGCAGCCACAGCCCAGGCGCCCAGCUGCUGGCCGGGAGUCUCCGGGCUCCUCGGACUCGGGACACCAGCUUUGCCCUGACUUUGAGAUUCGCUGACUCCGCCAAGUGCGCCUGGGAAAGGCUCAGCUGCCCCUCCGCGUCGGUCACCCCGCUGCCCCCAGCAGGUGGACAUGCAGCCGCCUCGUCAAGCGGACCGUCCCUGGGCCCCAGCAGCUACCCCAGGGCUGAAAACCAGACGGCACGGCUCUUGCCACUUCCACAGCCACGGCGGACAGCCACGGUGGAGGAGCCACUGUCCUCAGUCAUCGUGACCUCAGAGGGGAGCCAGGCCGCACUCCCCAGGGUGAGAGCCAAGCCACAGGUCUCGCUCAUCAGCACGUCGUUCGUGCUCAAGGGGGACGCGACCCACAACCAGGCGAUGGUGCACUGGACGGGAGAGAACAGCAGCAUCUCCUGGACCCUGACCACCUCGGGGCGACCCCACUGGGCUCCAGAUCCCAGGUUACAGGACCAGGGUGGUGUUUCCAGCGGCUUCAGGACGCUGGCCACCUUUGGGGAACCCCGAGGACUGCGUCUCCCGCGGCGCCUGGGGGCAGAGCCCGCGCCAGUCCCUCCGCGGCCACGUGGCAGGCCCCCGCUGGCAGCUGUGGCCCUCGGCGUGGCUGCUGUGCCCGACUUCACGAGGCGCGGCGUGUCCGUGCUCAGCGCCCUGAGUCCGUUUGACAUGACUGCCCGCCCCUGGCGCUUCCGGAGCCCGAUCCGGCGGGGGUGUCCGGCCACGGCCCGCUACCCUGCCUGUCCGGCGUCACGGGGGCCGGAGCCGGCCCACAGGGCUGCGCGGUCGCGCUCCCCAAGCCCCCACCCCGCCUGCCCCCCGCAGCCCCCGGUCUCGGCUGCGGGGUUGUGUGUGCGGGGUUCGCUUCUGAAGCUGCUGCUCAUGUUCCUGGGGGGCGAUGGGGAGCUGCUUAGCCCAGAGGAAGAGCCCGGGGUGCUCUGCGCCCCCGGCGUCCCCCAGGUGCCUCUGUCACGGCCCCCGGCUCCCCCAGCUCCCGACAAGUGUCAGCCCCCCACCCGGGGCCUCAGAGCUUCGGAGUGGACAGACGUGGGCUGGACCCACCGGACCCACCAGCAGGGUGUGGCCGUCUGGAGCCCCCGCGGGGUGGCCUGUCCCCCGUGUGAGCACGGGGCCCACCCUAGCGGCUCCUCGGCCAGGCUCUACGUGUCAACGGACCUGGGGAAGAAGUGGGCACUUCUGCAGGAGCGCGUGACCAAGGACCACGUGUUCUGGGCUGUUUCUGGGGUCGACGCUGACCCCAACUUGGUCCACAUGGAAGCCCAGGACCUGGGAGGAGACGCCCUGCCCGGGCUUCGGGCACGUCUGUGCUCCACAGUGCUCCCCGGCCCUCCUUCCACCUCAAUGAACCGCACCAAAUACUACGUCUCCUACCGUCGCAGCGAGUUUGUGCUGAUGAAGCUGCCCAAGUACGCGCUGCCCAAGGACCUGCAGGUCAUCAGCACGGACGAGAGCCAGGUGUUCGUGGCGGUGCAGGAGUGGGACCAGACCGACACCUACAACCUGUACCAGUCGGACCCGCCGGGGGUGAGGCGUGGGGCAGAGCCCUCGGGGGUCCCCGCUACCUGCGGGGGCUCCAGCGGGCUCUCGCCAGCCCCCCGUGUCUCGUCCCAGGUCCGAGGGGUGAAAGGCGUCUUCCUGGCGAAUCAGAAAGUUGACGGGAAGGUGGUGACCCUCAUCACCUACAACAAGGGCCGCGACUGGGCACAUCUGCGCCCCCCCAGCACGGACAUGAACGGGAAGCCCACCCACUGCCAGCCCCCCGACUGCCACCUGCAUCUGCACCUGCGCUGGGCGGACAACCCCUACGUGUCCGGCACCGUGCACACCAAGGAAACCGCCCCCGGCCUCAUCAUGGGCGCAGGGAACCUGGGCGCACAGCUGGUGGAGUAUAAAGAAGAGAUGUACAUCACGUCGGACUGCGGGCACACCUGGCGGCAGGUGUUCGAGGAGGAGCAUCACAUCCUGUACCUGGACCACGGCGGCGUGAUCGUGGCCAUCAAGGACACCUCCAUCCCCUUGAAGAUCCUCAACGUCCACGCCCCGCAGGGUGACCGCUGCAUCAUGGGCCAGCGGCGGAGCUUCCGGAGACGCCGGCCGGCGGCCUGGUGCGUGCAGGGGCGGGGCUUCACGUCGGCGCUCAGCUCCCGCGUGUGCGCCUGCCGGGACUCGGACUUCCUCUGUGACUACGGCUUCGAGCGAGCCCCCUCCUCGGAGUCCGACGCCAGCAAGUGCUUCGCCCACUUCUGGUUUAACCCGCUGGCCCCGCCGGAGGACUGCGUCCUGGGCCAGACCUACAGCAGCAGCCUCGGGUACCGGAAGGUGGUCUCCAACGUGUGCGAGGGCGGCGUGGACCUGCAGCGGAGCGCGGCCCAGCUCCAGUGCCCCCUCACGCCGCCCCGGGGCCUGCGGGUCAGCAUCCGCGGCCAGGCUGUGGCCGUGCAGCCCGGAGACGACGUCCUGUUCGAGGUGCGGCAGGAGCAGGUCGCUGUCACAUCCUCGCCGCCUUCUAGCGGUUUGAAUUACUCGGUCCAGGAUCAAUUCCAGCUCGUGCCUCUGCAGUUUUCCAAGGAGCUGGACACACACAACCCAAACACGCCCGAGUGGAGAGAGGACAUCGGCCUUGUGGUCACCCGGCUACUGGCCAAGGUAGCCCCGCCCGCCAAAGCUGCCAGGGGCCCGGGGGCAGCCCCCAGCUGUCAGGGCAGUCGCUGUCCCCGCUGUCCCUGGUGUCCCCGGCUGUCCCCCCGCUGUCCCCGGCUGUCCCUGGUGUCCACCGCUGUCCCCGGCUGGCCCUGGCCGUCCCCUGGCUGUGCUCAGCUGUGCCCGGCUGUCCCCCGGCUGUCCCCGGCUGUCCCUGGUGUCCCCCGCUGUCCCCGGCUGGCCCUGGCUGGCCCCUGGCUGUGCUCAGCUGUGCCCGGCUGUCCCCGGCUGUUCCUGGCUGGCCCUGGCUGGCCCCUGGUGUCCCCCUCUGUCCCUGGCCGUCCCAGUGUUUGUGCCUCACUGAGUGUGCCCCCUGGGUCAGACACUGGCGCAGGAGACGAGCAUCAGGGUGGGCGCUGCCCUCGGGGCCCUCCAGCGAGGACAGAGGCGGUGCUCACGGCGGGCACCGGCCACGCGCCCUGGACCCCCGGAGAGGACUAG